CAAUCAGAAAGUGCUGUUAUUGCGAGAGUAACAGGUCAUCCCCCGCACCACACUCGAUCAGUGUUGUUUACGCUUAACGCUGAAGGUACAAAGUUCAUAAAACGAGAGUCUAAAGAGUACGCGCAAGAAUGUUCAAAUUAAACAAUUACGGCACACGCAAAUUAGUGUUGGAUGUUUGCAAAAAUCGUUUAUACUCAGCAUCCGCAGCAGCUGCACCAAAAACCAAAGCUAAGCAAGAACCAAAAAGAGAAAAUGAAUCGUUCAUGGCCAACAUCUUUCGUGGCAGUCUCGUCACCAAGCAAGUCUUCCCCUAUCCCGAUGUGCUGAGCGAUGAGCAAAAGGAAACAGUCGGUGGCAUGCUGGAUCCUUUCCAGCGAUUCUUUACCGACGUCAACAAUCCUGCGCGCAACGAUGAAAACUCAGUCAUCGAUCCCGAAACGCUGAAGGCCCUCUGGGAACUUGGAGGUAUGGGCAUUCAGGUGCCCAGCGAGUACGGUGGUCUGGGCAUGAACAACACACAGUACGCCAGACUGUGCCAAAUUGUGGGCGCCCAUGAUCUGGGCUUGGGCAUCACGUUGGGCGCGCAUCAGAGCAUCGGUUUCAAGGGCAUUUUGUUGUAUGGCACUCCAGAGCAGAAGCAAAAGUAUCUGCCCAAGGUGGCUAGCGAGGAAACCUAUGCUGCCUUUGCAUUGACCGAACCCAGCUCCGGCUCCGAUGCCAAUUCCAUCCGCUGUCGUGCUGUUAAAAGCGCUGAUGGCACGCACUUCAUAUUGAAUGGCUCCAAGAUCUGGAUUUCCAACGGAGGAUUGGCCAAUGUGCUGACCGUAUUCGCACAGACUGAGCAGGUGGAUAAGAAAACGGGUGAGAAGAAAGAUAAAGUGACCGCGUUCAUUGUGGAACGUGGUUUCGGCGGCGUUACCAGCGGACCACCAGAGAAGAAGAUGGGCAUCAAGGCAUCGAACACCACUGAAGUGUACUUCGAGGACGUCAAAAUACCCAUUGAGAAUGUGCUGGGCGAGGAAGGUCAAGGCUUCAAGGUGGCUGUGAACAUUCUGAACAAUGGACGCUUUGGCAUGGGCGCCACGUUGUCGGGCACGAUGAAGAAAUGCAUUGAGAUUGCCACAAAUCAUGCGAACAAUCGCGUGCAAUUCGGCCAAAAGAUCAAGAACUUCGGUACCAUUCAGGACAAAUUGGCACAGAUGAGCAUUUUGCAAUAUGCCACCGAAUCGAUGGCGUUCAUGAUCUCACAGAACAUGGACUCAGAGAGUCAGGAUUAUCAUCUGGAGACGGCCAUCUCGAAGAUCUACUCAUCAGAGUGCGCUUGGCACGUAUGCGACGAAGCUAUUCAGAUCUUGGGCGGCAUGGGAUUCAUGAAGGAGCCCGGUUUGGAGCGUGUGAUGCGUGAUCUGCGCAUUUUCCGCAUCUUCGAGGGCACCAACGAGGUGCUGCGUCUGUUUGUGGCCCUCUCGGGCAUUCAGUUUGCCGGCAAUCACCUGAAGGAACUGCAGCGCGCCUUUAGAAAUCCCGCCUCGAAUUUGGGUUUCAUUUUCCGCGAAGCCUCAAAGCGUGCCAGCUCCUCCGUUGGCCUAGGUGGCACUGAUCUGAGCUCGUUUGUGGUGCCCGAGCUGAAGGAGUAUGCCAAGAACGCUGCGGUGUGCAUCGAUCUCUUUGGUCGCACCACCGAAGCGGUGUUGAUGAAGUACAACAAGAACAUCAUCAACGAGCAGCUGGUGUUGAAUCAUCUGGCCAAUGCUGCCAUCGAUAUCUAUGCCAUGAUUGCCACUCUGUCGCGCUCCUCGCGUGCCGCACAACUUAAUCUGCCGACGGCGGAACACGAACUUAAUCUAACGAAAGCCCUGGCACUCCAGGCAUCCGAACGAGUUAUCCAGCAUCUGAAGAAGGCCUCAUCGGGUCAACUGCAGACGGAGAAGAAGAUGAUCACGGCGAUAGCAACGAAGAUCUUUGACGAGGAGGGGAGUCCACUCCACAGGACCCAUUGAGUUGAAUUGAAUGCAAUGCACAGUAGCUGCUUAAAAGUCAUUAUGUAUUUUAAAGUAUAAUUAUCUCUCUUCUACUCCCCCAGAUUCAAAGUCCAGCCUUUAGAGAAUUAUGUUAUGUCUGAUUACCUUGUCGAAUUUCGAAAUAAAAUAAAACGUUUUU